GGCCACCCAAAGUGCUGGGAUUACCCGAGUGAGCCACCACACCUGGCUUUGGAACAAUUUAAAAACUAGAUUUUGGUACUAAGUUUCUUGUGUUCCGACCUAUGUGCAAAAUCAAUUAUUCAACAUUUAUUAUCCAAUCAACUCAUAAAGACGUGUGUUUGUUUAUUGAUUCAACACUUUUCACCAAACAUCACUACGUGCUACAUUUUAUUUUGUGCAGAUGCUGUUUUAGUUGGGACCUGGUAGGAAACAGAGAGCACCCUCAGACUGAGCAAUCCGAUGAGUAUAUAGAGAAGGUGAGAACGGGGGUAGGGAAACCCUAAGUGGUAAUGUCAUAACAGACACGCACGCAGGCACACACGCCCAGGGCUGUGAGGGGAAGGAGCUCUCUCUGAGCUCAGAGACAGACAGAGCUGGGGAGAGGACCACUGGCUUGCACUGUGUAGCAGAUGCUUCCAGGGCCUGCCCACAGCCCUGGGUUUUACCAUUUCAGCACACACCCGCCUGACUUCCAACUCCCAAGAUCUGCAUUUCUUUGCCUCAGGGCUUUCUGUAGCUGGGAGCUGGCUUUGCUCACCCACAGAGCAGGCCAAAAGUGCCAGGGAAUUAAAACCUCCAUAGGAACCUCACUCAGCCAAUGACUGAUGGGAUGCGGAAUAUAAAUACCCCCGCUCCCUCACCUUCCACAUGAGAUAACUUCGAGGUUCAAGGUCUAGACUGUAUCCCAGAGCCCCACAGUGGGAUUAAACCCUGGUUGCCCACAGUGGUAACUUGCUUGGUGCAAUGCACCCCUUAUUGGCUUCUUCCCUUCUCUGUCUCACUUCCCCACUUGCCUUCUGGCAUUUUCUAGGAUCGUUUCCCAAAUAAACUAUAUGCUUGAAUCCUUGAAUCUCAAGGGCUGUGCUUCUGGGAAAAUCACUGGGCGACCUUUGGUGGAGGGACAGGUUAACCACUGGUUGAGCCCAGCUGGAGGUGAGAGGCUGUGGGAGCCCAUUGCUGAACUUGGGACGGGCCCCCCUCGAGGGACAGAGAGCAGGUGGGGAAGAGACCUGGAAGGCAAGAGCAGCAGUAGCCAUUCUCCCCAGGGACCUUGCCAUCCAGCAGAGAGGACAGAUAGCAUGAAAGUAAUUGCAACAAGGCGAGUUGAGCUCUAUGACAGGGAAGUCCAGGGCACCAGGGGACUCCCGGGACCCCUCCCCUGGUUUGGGGGUGGAAGGUUCCCCAGAGGAAGCCGCGUUUAGGUUGAGGCCUGAAGGAUGGGAGUGCAGGGAAGCUGCAGCAAAGAGUGUUCGAGGCAGCCUAAGCCGCUCGUGCAAAUCCUCAGAGACAAGAGAGGACGUGAUGUGGUGGAACGGAAAGAAGUUCGGCAGAUCCGCAGCUCGGAGUUCCAAGUGGGGGUGGGGAGAGAGGCCCCAGCUGUGGAUGGGACAAGGUAGCAGCACCCAAUGGGCCAAGUCAAGCAGUCUGGGCCACGCCCGAGGGGAAAAGGGAAUUGCUGAAGGUUUGUAAGCAACAGAGUGACAGGAGCGCAGCACUGUGAGAUCUGGUCACAGGGUAGGGUGGAGCCAGGGGAGGUGUGAAAGGUGUGGGGAGAAGGGCCUUGACCCCAGCUCUGGGGCUGGGCGUGGCUGGGAGAACACUGGGACAGGGACCAUGGGAAGGGGUGAUUUGCUGGGAGCUCAGGGUAGGAGCGUAGUUUCAGACACGCCAGGUUUGAGGGGACUGUGAGGCUACUGGGGGUGUAUCUCGAGGCCAGCGGGCAGAUGGCUGUGGACAUCAGAAGCAACACCUUGGCUGGAGAUAGGACAUGCAGCCUUGGGGGUGCUGCACCCCCCAGAGCGGAGCACGGGUGGGGAGAGGGCCCAGGCCACUGCAGGGGGAGGCGCCACAUUGGAGGGGCAGUGAGAGGAAGGCUCAGAAGGAGCAGCUGCAGAACCAAGGAAGCCGCUGUCAGGGAGGCCGGGGGAACAGUAUGGCCACCAGAGUCAGCUGCCACCAGAAGGUCAAGGAGAUAAGGAAAACGUCUGUUAGGUUUAGCAUCAAGCCAGGGUGGUGACAGUGGAGUGCUGGGCAGGAAGCUGCGAGUCUGGCUUGAGGAGUCUGGCAAGGAGACCACACAUGGGGACGAUUCCUUCCCAGGUCUGGGAGGGGACAGCUAGGUGGUCACAAGGGGUCCAAGAUGAGGGGAGGAAACAGCCCAUCACCAUGCAGGGGAGAGAACUCGAACCCCACGCCCCAUGGAUAGCGAAGGGUCCUCUUUGCUAGUGCCCGAUGGCCUUCCUGUGUGCACUGUCUUGCUAGGAGUCCCCAAACUGCAGGGGUGGCCAGGGUGGCACUAAGGCCCAAGGAGGAAGCCCCUUACCUGCUCUGACAGGGCACCCUGUGCUCAUGUGUUUUUACAUUCUGGGCUGUGACAUGAGGUCUCAUUUGAAGAAACUAUUCUGUUGCUGAAAGAUGUUUGAAAGAUCAUCGAUCUUGUCAUAUUACAGUUGGGUAAACUGAGGCCUGGAGAGGAGGAGAUGUGUCUAGGUUUCAACUGAGUCAGCCACAGAACCAAACCCAGCCCUGGGACUCCAACUUGGGGAGGGGGGUCUUUCCACAACCCCACAAUCCCCAGGAGGGAAGGGACCGUGGCAAGGCCAAAGCAGAGCUGCCACGGGGCUGCGGUUGGAGGCAGGGCCUGGCAGCCAGUGCAGAGAGAGACAGACAGGAAAGUAAACACGCAGCGUGUCGCAUGCAGCACAUGCCAACGAGCGGCAGCGGCGGUCGGGCUGCCUGCUGCGCCAGAGCACAGCCACCUUCCCCCGGCGGCAGGCCUGCCCAGGCUGCCCCACGCUGGCCACCCAGUGACCCACCUGGGCCCUGUCCCCUCCCCACCCAGGAUGGCCGGCCUCAGACCCCAGGCCUACCUCUCCGCAUGCUCCUUCCUUCUCCCAGCCCUGCUCAGACAAGCCCAUGAAUAGAACAUUAAAGGCAAAACCUUCUAAAAGAAAAGGCAGCUCCCUGGUAGGAGUCGCCCCACUAAAUGUCAAAUGCGGAGCAAGGUUUCCUGCCUCCCGAGCUUCGCACUAAUGGAGGCACCUUAGCCUCCAUCUCCCCGCCAUCCAAUCGCCCUAUAAAUAAAUCAUCAAAAGAAGAAUGCCAAUUUCCCCCAGGGCCUUGUGGAUCUCUCUGCAUAAGCAUAUGCAGAAGCCCCUUCGCUGGGCCUGGCUCAGGGGCCCAGAGGGAGACAGCACAGCGCUGGGACAGGGUUGCAGGCAGCGAGUGGCAAACUUUCACACUGCCGUGGUGGGCCGAGAGUUGGGAAGCCCGGCUUUUCUCCUGACUUGGGAAAAGACUUUUUUGUUCAAUUUCCUGCAGAUUCACCUUGGCUGGUGUAUUAAUAGUUGUCACUAUGAUGCCACUGGAAUCAACCCAGUAAGCUGCCAAGAGGCCCGUCUCUGGGGGUGCAGUGGUCUGUCCCCUGGCAGACACGCGGUGAGUCGUGCCCACCCACGCCCUGUGAGGGCGAGCCACACGCCCACUGAGCAAGCUUUGUUCCUGACAUGUGGCACGCACACACGCACGGUGCCGGCCCGCCCACUCCUGGAGGCCCCCCACGGAGUGGCUCACCAGCGUUCCGUGGCACCACGCCAUGCCAGUGGACGGAGGUGUGCGUGCCGACGCAGGCUCCCGUGCACUCGGGGCGCGCUGCUCUGCGGCAGUGGACCUUUGGCGCGCACACUCUGGGCACCCUGUUGCACGCUGACCAGGGCAAAGGAGCUGGGGUGUACCAGUGAAGCAGUUCCUCCAACCAGCCACAGAGACUUUUUCCACGUCACACAGGGAGAGUGCCCCGCACUGCACCGACCCACGUGGAGGGCACAAGGCACAGGCAAGUUUGAGACUAUUCCCACAGAUGGGGCAACUAAGCUUCCCUGCUCGGGCGGCCUGAGCCGGGACCACCACACAGCCUUUGCUGCCCCCACCCAAGGCGCGGUUCCUUCGCCCUUCAGUCUGCCCUGCAUAUCUGGGUCUCUUCCGUCUCCCCCACACCUGCUUCUCUCCGCCCAUCUUGGGGCUCUGCUUCCCCCACCUCUGCCACCUCCCCCUGCCCGUUUUCUCCUUCCCCAUCCUGCUGUGAGGUCAGAAUCCUGUGCUUACGACACCUCCGUCUGUUGCCAUGGAAACAGGGGCGGAUUAAGGCUGGAGCGCGGAGCGCAGGGAUCAGGCCCCUCCGCUACCUGAGCUCCCGCCUCAGCCGGCUCCUGCAGGGCCGGGGCAGCCAGCCGCAGGCACCGCUGCUUGUCCGCCGCCCAGGCCAGCGACGAGGGGGUCCCGGCGGGACGCCCCAGCCUGCUCGGAUCUGGGAGGGGACAGAGGCAGACCCAGAAGCCGGAGCAGCUGGUGGCGGGGCCCGGGGGCUCACGGCGUGGUCACCUGCCCUCCCUGGGCCCAGGGGACAGCGCCCACCGCGGCAACCACGUGGGGGCGCGGCGGGACUUCCCCGGUGCCAGCGCCAACUUUGCAGCGCUCGGUACCGGGCCGGGCUGCCGGGGAGUCUGGCUAAGGUGAUCGCAGAGCCAGCUCUCCUCAAGUUGAGCCUGGCACCGGUCGCGCACACUGCCUGUGCGGCCUUCGCCUUCGCGUCCCUCCGUUCGAGGCGUAAGGAAAGUUUGAGGAGCCGGACAUCAGGCGCUGGCUACUCCCCACCCUCAGCCGCUGGGUGCUCAGAGCCCGUCCCUGGGCAUCCAAGCAGGGCUUCAGGGAAGGUGCCCGCUUCCGGGCUCCGCCUGGGGAGCUGGGGCGCGCGGUGAGCUCUCGGGCGCGCGGUGACUGACCGCUGGCUGCGCUGGAGCGCGGGCUGGACCCGGCCCCGCCGAAGCGGCAGGAGCAGGGGCGUGUGUCCGCUCAAGGGAUGGGGACUGCAAGUGCAAAACUUUAUAAUAGCAAAGAAAAGGUCCCAGAAGGCCGGCUCUCCUUUCAUUACGGGCCCAUUCACUCUGGUCUUGGACUGACCCCUCCACGCCAAGUCCCUAGGCCUGGCCACUUGAUCCGUGGAGCAAACCCGUGGAGCAAACCCGUGUCUCACAACCGACGGGAACUGAGCUCCAGCACCGGCCCCUCGGCGGGUGCGUCCAACAACGCCGACCAGGAGCUGCUUCCCGGACCCGGAGCCCCGGCGCCGGGCGGCUCUGGGGCUCGUGGCUCUGCCCCGUGCGUAUCCAACUCCAAGUUGCCCCUGCGGCUCCAACUCACCUUUGCGAAGCAUGUUGGCCGCGGGGCCGCUGCUCCGAAGUCGGCCUAGGCGCGCUCCCUCCUGGGGUCCAGAUUCAAAUCCCUGGGCGC